GAUUCAUUUGCUCUUUCCCAUAGCCAUACCUCCUGGGUACAGUCCAAGUAGGAAUUCUUUCUAAAAGGGGUCUGCAUGGUCAUUAUAAUAUAAUCAAGUGUAUAAGGCUGUGUGUGGUGUGUGUGUGUGUGUGUGUGUGUGUGUGUGUGUGUUGCUGGGGAAGGGGAAGGAAGGAGGAUGCAGAGUAAGUAUUGAGAUGGAGCAUUCAAGGCAGUACAGAAAAAGAAUAUAGACGAUUUACACAUUUAAAAUAUUUUUCAUAAAUUUCAUCAGGUAUACGUGAAGUCCUGACUCUUACUGCUUGGAAAAGUGAAUCACUGGAAACUCUUCUUGCUAAAAAUCAUAGCUUGACCCCGCCUCCCAUGGCAGUCACUGCCCUGUCUCCUCCCAUUCUUAGUGGAGCUCCUGAAAGGUGGAGCCUUAUUCUUCCCACCCCUCACUGGUUAUUAAUGGCUGAACACAGAGAAAUCAGCCUUCUGCUCCACUCAUAUCCCUGCAGCUACUUGGGUCAAGGUUACCACCCACCUGCCAGCUGUGAAAACCAACUUGUUCUUUCAUCCUUGAGUCUGUUUACUAACUUGAUAUGGCUGACCACUCACCCUUCCUUGGAACCCUCUCCCAGUUUCUCUGACACAGCAGCUCUUCGCUUUGGUUCCUACCUCUCUGUCCUCUUGUGGUCUUACUGUGGGCUCAUCCUACCAGUUCUGAAAAGUAGGGUAAUCUUCCCGGGGUUCUUCUCUUGAUCCAGUGCUUUUCCAGGCCCUCCGUAAGCAAUGAGAAUGACUCCUGGGCAUCUACAUCUAUUGUGCUCACCCCUGCUUCCAGCAUCCCACACUCACACCUCCUCCUGCCUGUGCAUCUAUACGGUAGAGUUCGCACAGCAAUCGGAAGCCCAACAGAAAGAAAAGUGAGGUGAUCAUCUUACCCCUUCCCUCUCCUGCUUCCCUAAUCCAACUAUUGUUUCCAUAUAUUUCAUACUGGGUAAAGACAUGGUCUGCUACCCACUCACAGGAGUCACAAACUGAGGAGUCAAAUUUCAAUUCACUCUUUCCCCUCAUUCCACAUCCAAUGUCAGCAAGUUCUGCUGAUUUUGCCUUCUAAACAACUCUUCAGUUUGCCCCUUUGUUUCCUAACUCCUCUACACUCUGGGGAACAGCUGCAGGUAGGGGGUUCUGAACACAACAGUCCACAUCUCUCAACUUUCUAGUAACCAAGGAAACAGACCCUGGGUCCAUUUUGCAGACCAGACCUGAUGUUCACCUUUUUACAUACAGCCCUGCUUUGCUUUGAGUCUAGCAACACUCUGCUUUAUGUAAUAUCCACCUAAACUCCACCCUCACCUCAAAUCCUAUAAUAAUUCUUUCUUUUCCUUUGUUUGGUGAGAUGUCCCACCAUUCCUCUGGCGUGUGGUCUGUCUUAUUGCAAUGAGCCAACAAAUCUAAUUUUAUCAACAACGCGCUGAGUACCUACCAUGAUCCAGGCACUGUUCUACGGACUGUUAACACAGCAAGGCAUAUUAUAGUCUCUGAAAAUAAUUUCUGUCUAUUUUUUAUUUAUUCCUCCCUCUAGACUGCCUUCUUGUCAGUAUAUCUGUACAAUGUCUGAAAUCAUGUUCACCAGAUACUAUUGGUAUAAAAACUAAGGCGAUUUGUGUCUUUCUUCUUUGAUCUUUCAUUAUUAUAUUGAGUUUUUAAUAUAAUAAAUGUCUCAUUUUAAUUCUUUUUUAAAAAAUCCUCCAUGUUUUCAAAGAAACAGAGUUAAAGAGAUAAGCCAGAGUAGGGGAAUCACAUGAUUGGUGUCCUUGAGUCUGAGAUAGGUUCCAUUAUGAUUUGGAGCUGCUGGGAACAGGAGAGAAAAAUGUGUCCGGUGAAUGAGACAUUUUAAUUAAUGGAAGAGAAGAAAAAAUUGUCUAUGUUGGUUUUAUUGUAACUCUCCAUCUGCUGUUAGAAUCAGGGAGCAGAGCACUUUCAGCCAGCAGCAGUCAGUGUCUGCACGUCCUUCCUUGACAUCCAUCCCCACAGAGCCCCUGGGAGCCUGCGGAGUCCCUGAGGCAGAGACGUGAGAGGACAGGAAGCCUCCGACGCCAUUCUCUCCUGCUCUCAUUACUCAGAAUGGCAGCACCACCUUCUAACACGAGGGUGGAAGGUGUGCACAUUUCUUCUGCCUUCAUAAUACGCAGGAAACAAAUUGAAAAACAGCAUGACCAUGUCUUAUCAAAGCCCUGCUUCCUCAUCCCCAAAUUUCUCCACCAACACGGCACUUGUUCACUCACGUAGCUCUGACUAAAAAUCCCUAUACACUGAGGACAUUUCUGGUAGAUGUUCUCCAUGCCUGGCCCUUCCUCCUUCCCUGCAUUUUUAGUCCCUAACAGAAGUUAUUAUAAAGGAACUGUGUGUGUGUGUGUGUGUGUGUGUGUGUGCGCGCGCGCGUGUUGGGUGGUGGAUACAGAGUAGGGAUCAAGACCAUAAGAAAGAAAAGAAAUAGAAUGUGGUAAGAUUCCUGUCAGUUCUGACAGUUUUAAUUCAUAAUGCUAAUUUAAAAUAUAGAAGUUGGUUUACUAACUUUAACCUCCCAUCCUAAACAUCCUUCCUUAAUCUGGAGUCCCUGUUGCCUACCUUUAUCAAUGAAAUGCCUGGAAAAUGAAUUAUACUGUGUUAGAGCAUAUAGUCAAGCAUAAAGGAGCCCGACUGCCUGGAAUCGGUGGGUAGGUUACUCAAUCCCUGUCCCAGUUUUCCCUCUGUAAAAUUGGGAUAAUGGGUCAUUGUGAGGAUUAAACAAAUUAAUAAAUUUAAAGUAUUUAGAACAAUGCCUGGCUCUAGCAACCACUCAUUAAUGUGAGCAAUUAUCCUUAUUACCUUGUCUCCCCCCACCCCUCCCCGCUGUUCCCCCUGAGCUCACUUUUCACUCAAGCCUUCAACCUCUGCUGCAGAGAUGCUGCUGGCCAAUUCCAGGACACGUUUUACUCCUGUGUCGCUGACCCUCCCUUCUCAGGCUUCUUUGUGGGGUUCCCUCUCCUCCUCAUUCCUCAUGCUCUCCACAAUUUAAUGACCGCUUGUUUACAUAUGACUUCCAAAUGAAAAUCUAGCACCUAUUGCUGACUUCACAUUUGUUUACUGUAUCACCUGCUUGAUAUACGAUUUCAGACUUCCCAGAGGCACCGGGAACUCCAUAUACACAAAAGAGAGGCAGUUUUCAUCCUGGCUAUGUCCCCAGCUCCAAAGACCCUUCAACUGAGUUCUCUGAUUCGCGUUAAGCACUUUGAUCUUCCCAGCAACACACACCAAGUGCUUCAGAUGCAGUCUUGAUAGCUCUCCUUCUCCUUAACUCAGCUUAUCCAAUUAAUCACUAAAUCCUAUAUAUUUUCCUUCUAAAUAUCUCUCAUGUCUGUGCCCUCCUUUCCACUUUCCACAUUUCCCUGGUUCAGACCCUGUGCAUCAUUUGCCAAAACACUGCAACAGCCCCAGCUGGUCUCCCUGCCUCCAGUCUUUUCCCUCUCAAACCAUAGUUCUCCAUUGAUCUGCCAGUCAUCUAUUUCACUCCCAACUGAAACUUCUUAUUGCACUCUAGAUAAAGUCUAGGUUCCUCAGCAUAGCACACGGUCCCUUCAUGUCUGUUUUUUGCCAACAUUUCCUGCUUCAUCUCCUGCCACUUCUGCUGAAAUGACACCUGCUUAGUGACAGAGACUGCAAACUGGCAGCCCCUAGGCCGGCUACUUCUGACCCUAUGAGGUGUUUUAUUUGGGCUACAAGUUUUCAUUACUUGCUGAAAUUUAAAAAGUGGAAAAUUUCUCUUAAAAACCUUUCUUUCUGGCUUCUCUUGAAAAACUGAAGAACUGGCCACCUUGCUCCCACAUACCUGCCUGGCAGAGUGGUGGCUGCCCCCUUAGGGCAGGAGUGACAGUUUUCAACAGGCUCUGCCCGUCCCAUUGACUUUCCUGGCUGCUUCCCUUAACGUAGGUAUCUCAGUUGCAGCCCUGGAUUUACAGUGUAGGGACACUGAAUUGCUCUUUUCUUCUGCACAGAGCACCCUUUCUCCUGUUUCACCUGCAGAGGAUAACUCAUCCUUCAUGGCCCAGUUCCUGUCGUUUUCCUCCGGGAGCUUUUCUCUGAACCCAUGUGGAUUAGGCGCCCCUUUCUGCAUUCCCAUACCGCACCUUACAUCUUCAGUCACACCUCCUGCCACGUGAUUUUCCGAUGAAAUAUUUGUGUAAUGCUUGAGUUCCUCACAAGACACCUCACCUCACGAAGGGAGCGACUAGAAAUCUUCAGCAGAGAUUUCUCGAGCCAUUCAUUUUAUUCAUCCAUCAUUUUGUCAACAACCAUGAAGAGAGCGGCGACAUCUGACUCAUAUCUUAAAGGAUGAGCGUGUAACUCAUACUUGUGUCUGGCAGCUCAGUCUUUUCGGCGGGAGCGCAGUGUCCAAGAGAACUACAACUACCAUCAGGACCUUCGGGAUCCCGGCCUCCGAAGGAGGAAAUAUAACUUAGGAACUACCACUCCCGUGAUGCUCCGCUUCGGACGCCUGCGCAGAGCCGAGGGCCACGUAGGUUUUGCGGUGCCGCUUAGCAAGAUCUCAGCCAUGGCUUCCGCGGACUCCCGGCGGAUGGGGAACGGCGGCAGUGUCGGAGGCGCCUUCCAGCUCUACCUGGACUCCUUGCGGCAGGAACUGUGGCAGAGGGACCCGACGCUGCUGUCAGUCGUGGUGGCGCUCGUCGCGGUGCUGCUGACGCUGGUGUUCUGGAAGUUCAUCCGGAGCAGAAGGAGCAGUCAAAGAGCUGUUCUUCUUGUUGGCCUUUGUGACUCCGGGAAAACAUUGCUUUUUGUCAGAUUGUUAACAGGCCUUUACAGAGACACUCAGACUUCCAUCACUGACAGCUCUGCUGCCUACAGGGUCAACAGUAACAGGGGCACUAGCCUGACCUUGAUUGACCUCCCUGGCCAUGAGAGCUUGAGACUUCAGUUCUUAGAGCGGUUUAAGGCUUCAGCCAGGGCUAUUGUGUUUGUUGUGGAUAGUGCAGCCUUCCAGCGAGAGGUGAAAGAUGUGGCAGAGUUUCUGUAUCAAGUCCUCCUUGACAGUAUUGGUCUGAAGAACACACCAUCAUUCUUAAUCGCUUGCAAUAAGCAAGUAAAACAUCCAAAACUCAACAAAGGUUCCUCUGGUUCCUCUGCCCAACACACUAGAAUGCUGGAGAGAUCCACAAGUCUACUUCUGAAGGUGGGUGGACUGGAACACAUGGAGGAGGUAGAACUGGGGGAACAGUGGAAGAAUGUCUACAAUCUUAGCCUCUGGCCACAGUGGCUGAGCCUGAAGCCCCAGAUAACCCUGUAGCAACAGGGAAGACAGCACACAUGGCUCCAGCCUCCUGGCUGCAGUAGCUCCUUUGGCCACAGGGAACCCCGCAGCAGCAGCAGUGGUGGUGGGGCCUGUGACCCCAAUCCCCUGGCUCAUGGCAGUGCUGCAUGCAAACCCGACAACCCCAGAUGUGGCGAAGGUGUCCGUGACUCUGUCUCCUUCACUUUUCCCCCCACACCCUCCACUGCUCAAGCAGUGACAGUGAGGGUACCAGUGACACAUCUGGCAGAGGUAGUAGAGGGUGGAAAGUGCCAAUUCUCAAAUAUAGUCAGAGGCAGCUCAGGUAAGAAAAGCCAAAAACCUGUGCUAUAGCAAGAAAAAGAAAAGAAAGGCAUCUAUUUUCCAACUUGUUGAACUGUAAGAAUCAAGGAGAAAAAAAAAAGCUUUACCUACAUAAGAAAGGUAUUUGCUACUUCAAAUGCACUGGCAGAGGAACAGUUUGUCAAGUACCAUGUAAAACCACAGUACACAGUGUAACGAAAAGAAAAUGACAGUUCUCCAGCAGCCAAACUUAAGUCAUGGAAGAUUGUAAUCUAACUGAUAGAGAAUUCAAAAUAGCUGUUACGAAGAAACUAAACAAGCUACAAGAGAACUCAGGAGGGCAGUUCAGUGAGCUCAGGAAUAAAAUUAAUGAACAGAAGAAAUACUUUACCAAAGAUAUUAAAAGUCUAAAAGAGAACCAAACAGAAGUUCUGGAGCUGAAAAUGUCAAUAAAUGAGAUGAAGAAUGCAUUAGAAAGCACUGGAAAUAGAGCAGACCAUAUGGAAGAGAGAAUUAGUGAGGUUGAAUAUAGAGAUCUAGAAAUGAUUCAAGUAGGAGUGGCAAGAGAACUAAGAUUUUUUUUUAAAUAAAAUUUUAUGAGAACUAUCCAAUUUCAUUAUCCUUCAUAAAGAUAAUGGUUAUCCCAGAGGAAGAAGAGAGGGAGAAGAGAGCAGAGAGUUUAUUUAAAGAAAUAAUAGCUGAGAAUUUCACAAAGCCAGGGAAGGAACUGGAUAUACAAGUCCAUAAAGCUAAGAGGACAUUUAAUUAUCUCAAUGCUAAAAGGUGUUCUCCAGGACGCAUUAUGUUAAAAUUGUCAAAAUUCAAUGAUAAAGAAUUUUAAAGGCAUCUGGAGGAAAAAAGACAGUAGCCUACAAAGGAACCCCUAUUAAGCUAUCAGCAGAUUUCUCAGCAGAAACUGUAUAGGCCAGGAGAGGAUGGGAUAGCCUGCUCAAAAUAUUAUAAGACAAAACCUCUGCCAAGAAUCCUUCCAACAAACUUAUCCUUGAGAUACAAAGGAGAAAUAAAGACUUUCCCAGACAAAAGCUGAGGGAGUUCAUUACCAGUAGACCUGCCUUACAAGAAAUGUUGGAAGGAGCUCUCCUACCUGGAACAAAGAGGCAAAAGUACGCAAAACUUUGAGUAAGGUGAUAAAUAGAUAGAAUCAGAAAAUUGCAACUUUACAUCAGAAUAGGUUGUUAAUUAUAAAGGUUAAAGGGGAAAAAGCAGUAAAAAUAAUUAUAGCUAUUGCAGUUUGGUAAUGAACUCACAAUAUAAAAAGGGUUAAUUUGAGAUGACAAAAAUGUAAAAGGGGAAGAGGAAAAGAACAGAACCCAUAUAAUGGCAAAUGAAGAUAAGAUCCUAUCAGCGGAAAAAGGACUGUUUUAUCUAUGAGAUGUCUUAUACAAACCUGACGGUAACCACAAAAGUAAUUCUAGAGCAGAGACAUGAAACUAGGAGGAAACUAGUAAACCACCAACUAAGAUGUCAGGCAGAAACAAUGGAGAUAUAGAGAAAACAAAAGAUAUAGAGAAAACAAAAGAUAAAAUGGCAGUACUAGUCCUCAUUUAUCAAUAAUCACCCUAAAUAUAAGUGGAUUGAAUUCACCAAUCAAAAGACACAGUGGCUAGAUGUAUUAAAAAACAAGACCAGCUAUGUCCUGUCUCCCAGAGACUCAUCUCAGCUCUAAAGACAAACAUAGGCUCAAAGUGAAGGGAUGGAAAAUGAUACUCCAAGCAGAUGGCAGCCAAAAGAAAGCAGGUUUAGCCAUCUCAGAUCAGAUCAAAUAGACUUCAAGCCAAACAAGAGAACAAGAUGGACUGAUAUAAUGAUAAAGGAGACAGUCCAUCAAGAAGAUGUAACAUUUAUGAAUAUAUAAACAUCUAACAUAGGAGCACUAAAACAUGAAAGGAAUUAUUAACAGAUCUAAAUGAAGAAAUUGACAGCAAUAAUAGUAGGGGAGUUUAACAUCCCACUUACAUCAAUGAAUUGAUUAUCUAGACAGAAUGUUAAUAAGGAACCAUUGGCCUUAAAUGAAGUAUUACAUCAGGUGGAAUAUAUACACACACACACAUACAUACAUACAUACAUACAUACAUAUAUAC